UGAAAAAAUCAAUGAAGACUCGUCUGUGAAUAAAGUUAUGUGAAAGCGAUGACGUCAUUUAUUCCGCGUUGGCCUGGACGUGGCAUCUGAAAAGACUGCGAAAGGAAAGCUGCACCCACUCUCUGUCUGGUUACAAUAAACAGCUUUGGUUUUCUAUUUAAGUAUCGUCGCGCGGAGCUCUUUCACAACAUGGGGCUAACAAUUUCGUCGAUAUUUUCCAGGCUUUUUGGCAAAAAACAGAUGAGGAUACUUAUGGUUGGUUUGGACGCUGCUGGAAAGACCACUAUUCUCUACAAACUGAAGCUGGGCGAGAUUGUAACCACUAUUCCAACCAUUGGUUUUAACGUGGAGACCGUUGAGUACAAGAACAUUUGCUUCACCGUGUGGGAUGUGGGCGGUCAGGACAAGAUCCGCCCCCUCUGGAGGCACUACUUCCAGAACACACAGGGCCUUAUCUUCGUAGUGGACAGCAACGACAGAGAGAGAGUAGCAGAGUCGGCAGAAGAGCUGUCUAAAAUGCUGCAGGAGGAUGAGUUGAGGGAGGCAGUGUUGCUGGUGUUUGCAAACAAACAGGACCUGCCCAACGCUAUGGCAGUGAGCGACCUCACAGACAAACUGGGCCUGCAGAGCUUGCGCAGCAGAGUUUGGCAUGUCCAGGCUACCUGUGCUACCCAGGGCACUGGGCUAUACGAAGGACUGGACUGGUUAUCCAACGAGCUGUCGAAACGCUAAAGAAUGGAGAAAUCGCAGGACCGAAGCGAACGAGAUAUGAACACGCGAGCAAGAGUAGAAGGGGUGCAGGCUGAGCAUUACAUCAAUGGAAAAAAAACUGCAACUUUUUAAAUUCAGUGUGUCUGUCUGGUAGAACUUGCAGUUAUGGACUUUGCGAUCAGUUCCUGUUCUGAAACCUUUUUUCAUCAUUCUUCCCUUUUUAUUCCCAUUGUCAUACAUGCAGAUGUUUUAGACUUUUCUUUUUACCACCCAACUUCCUCAACAGUAAAAUUGUUUUUAAGUUGCAUGUUUUAAAAAAACAUAACAAAUAGAUUCACAUGAUGGUUGUGUUCUGAUGUUGAUCAUUGUGGAAUGGAAGGGUGGGCCACUAGAUUUUGUUGGGGGGGUAUUGGGAUACCGGGAGUUUGUUGGAAACGGUAUAUGGAGCUGUUUCGGGUGUAAAACCCCUAUGGCCUCCCCUGACUCAGUCAUUCCAGAGAUCUGAACCUGAAGGCCAGUUCCAUUCCUAAACAAUGUGAAGAGUGCAGGACCUUCAGUCAUUUCAAAGGCCAUUAUGAUGCAAUAAAAAUGUUAUUUUUCUUUUCUCAA